UGUGUUGUGAAUACACGAAAAUGCGAUUCCAACAUAUUUAUGAAAUAAUCGCAUGUUACAUAUAAAUACAAGUACUGUAAUUACACAAUGUCUUUGAAAUAUUGUUAAUUAAUUUUUCAGUCUGUCCCAAUAUAUCAUCAUAACUAUCUUUUACCACAUAUUGGGCUUUCACUAAAACAUCACUUUUUUCUUGAUUUUCACUUGUAUUUGAAGCACCUAAAUCCACUAUGCUGAUUUUAAUUAACUUGGUGGCUUUCUCCGCGUUCCGAUUUUGCACAAAUGAAGAUGACUGCUUCCAUUUUCCGCAUUUAACUUUAGAUUUAAUUAUCUUCCUCUUCUUAUCACUUUUCAGCUUUUGACUCUUGUUAUCAUGAGGCGCCGUCGAUUUUGUGGUAGUCGCUUGAACAGGAUACCUUUCAUCGAAGUCAGCAAGCGGAUCUUGCGCGUAAGGGUAGAAUAAAUCAUCUUCGUUAACGUUUGUUAAAUUAUUCGACAUGUUCUGAAACAAUAAAACGUAUCACAUUAAUUUAUGUAUAAAAUAAAAAUACAAACAUUUGAUUUUAUUUAUAAAAUAAACCACAGUACUUACCAAAGUACUUAGCAGGCAUCGCUUUUAGUGCUACACCUUCGAAAUUAUGAUGAUGAUUUUUAACCGUCAACGGUGUCUACGUCUUUCUCCACGAGUAACUGAAAAUACAAUGACAGAUUAGACUAUACCCCUCAACACAUAUAAAAUAAAGUAAUAGGUAGUUUAUGCACACAAUAACACAAUAAACGAAUAUUACCUGUUCAUACUUAUUUACGCUACAAGUUUCAACUUGUUCACCCAGCUCCUUUGACAUCAGGUAACACGAGUACAGCGCGGAUGCCAGCACUCGAUCUUCUUUAUCAUACGCGCCGUAUAUACUUCUCACUUAUUUUGGUCUGUCCGUGUUCGAAUCAAGUUUUUUCCUGUAAGUCAAAUUCAUUAGCAGAUUGCUUCAUGUCUCUAUACAAUUUGCUGUCCUGUCAUCCAAUACCAGAUUGGCUCAACGAUCUCCAGAAUUAUGACAUAAAGUGAUAAUAUAAUUUGAGACUCACAAAGUACCAUACGAAAAUAUCAGAAAUUCUAUCCAGAUUGGCGCGAGUCGUCAUUGAAUUCAAGAACAGCUUCGGUCCUAUCAUUUAAUACCAGAUUGGCUCAACGAUCUCUAGAAUUAUGACAUAAAGUGAUAAUAUAAUUGAGACUCACAAAGUGCCAUACGAAAAUAUCAGAAAUUCUAUCCAGAUUGGCGCGAGUCGUCAUUGAAUUCAGGAACAGCUUCGGUCCUGUCAUUCAAUACCAGAUUGGCUCAACGAUCUCUAGAAUUAUGAUAUAAAGUGAUAAUAUAAUUUGAGACCCACAAAGUACCAUACGAAAAUAUCAGAAAUUCUAUCCAGAUUGGCGCGAGUCGUCAUUGAAUUCAAGAACAGCUUCGGUCCUGUCAUUCAAUACCAGAUUGGCUCAACGAUCUCUAGAAUUAUGAUAUAAAGUGACGAUACAAUGUACGACCCAAAAAUUACCACAAGGAUGUCAGAAAUUCUAUCCAGAUUGGCGCGAGUCGUCAUUGAAUUCAAGAACAGCUUCGGUCCUGUCAUUCAAUGCCAUAUUGGCUCAACGAUCUCUAGAAUUAGAUAUAAAAAUGACGAUACAAUGUGUGACCCAAAAAUUACCACAUGGGUGUUAGAAAUUCUAUCCAGAUUGGCGCGAGUCGUCAUUAAAUUCAAGAACAGCUUCGAUUCUGUCAUUCAAUGCCAGAUUGGCUCAACGAUCUCUAGAAUUAGACAUAAAAGUGAUGAUACAAUGUGUGACCCAAAAAUUACCACAUGGGUGUCAGAAAUUCUGUCCAAAUUGGCGUGAGUCGUAAUUAGAUUCAAGGACAGCAAAUUGUAAUAACAUAAUGAAUUUGACUUACAUGAUAUAAUUCCCAUAGCGGAAGCUUUUUCGUAAUAGUGUGAUCAAUUAAUUUAACUAUUUAUAAAAGAAUCAAAAUCACUCUCUAGCUCACUUGUCAUGCCCGGUCAAGGCAAGAAUCUAUACUGAAUUACAUUACACAUUGCACAGAUUGUGCCUCGUAUGCAUUGAGGAAUGUGGGCUAUACUAUACCAUAUAUUAUAUCAAUCAGGUAUCCUCUGACUCGUGGGAAACUUUUUUAUAAACAACUAGUUUCAGUUACUGACUUCGCUUGAUAAAUUAUUUUUAUUGCAGGGUACAGGUUUACCUACAAUACGUACAUUAUGAAGAAGGUGAACAAGUUUUCACUUUUGAUUCAUCAUGCAGAAUCAAUGCUUUGCGUUUACUCAAAUAUUGUUAUGUUUUUGUUCAACUGUAAUGAUGAUGGUGAUUAUAACGUUCGACUUACUGUUCGAUUCAAAGCAGGUUGAAAUAAGGUUAAUAUUAUUUAAAAUAUCAGUAUUGAAACGUUGCACUCCUUGUUCAGUACAACUUAGGUACCUACCUAAUGUACAACUAGAUCGUGAUUACAUAAUCAUCACAACCAAUAUGCAGGUAUAUUCAUGAUAUUCCUCUUCGUAAGAUUAUCGUUUAUAUUCAAUGUACAUAAUGUAGUCAGAAAAAAAAAAUGUAUGUAGAGAAUCGAACUUGUAACAUAUACCUACAUUGAACAUCAAACUCUUAACCACUGAGCCAUCGUCGUACUGUGUCAUCGGAAAUAGGUGUAAGUUUACGUCUGUGUAAUAAAUACCUAAUUAAUAUGAAUAUGCGGUGUAUCAUUUUACAAAGUGUUGCGACUAACUCGUUUGUUCGUGAGAAUAGCAACUAAGCAUUUUAGCGAUGACUACGCGUCCAAAAUGCUAAAAUUUGAAAUAUGCAAUGCAUAAUCCGUUAUUGUCUUGCAUUUAAGGUUUUAUUUUGCAUAAUUCAGUUUUGCACGGAUUUGUAUUGUUUUUCUAUAAAAUAGGAAAAAUCAUUAAACUUUACUCAUUCCUUUGAUCGAUUCCCAAUUGUCCACAAUUGUGGUAUCCUCAUCCGUGUUAUUUUCAUCUUCAGUGCUUUUCUUCAAGAAAGUUUGUUAAAAUGUUAGUAAGUAUUUACAUUUACUUUUAGUUCAUGUAUUGUGUUGGAGUUUUUUACAUAAUAAAUUUACACAACAUUUUAAAUACCAUAUACCUAACCGAUUUCUUAAUUUUCAGGUCUAACUACGAAUAUUCAUCCGGUUCGGACUCCCAACUGCCGCUGGCGCCUACGCCUGCGCCGAAAGUGUUGAAAAAGAAGCCUGCGAGCAAGAGGAAGCCGGCGGAGUCGACCCCAACGCCUACUAGUUCUAAAAAGAAGUCGCGGUCGAGCGCCAACGACGAGGCAGGCGCGACCGCAACGUAUUCAUCGAGUACUGGCCCUGGAGGACUCUUCGGGUUUGAGACGGGAGCAACUUCGGGGACGUCGAAGUCUGCAGUGCUGCAGACUUAUUUGACCAGCCGCGUCCCCAACGGUCGAGUGCGCCGGGAGUUAGAAUAG